ACGCCUUUUCCCGUCCAACAGCUCGUGCGCAAUGCUUCAGUCCACCUACUAAAGACCAACCAUCAAAACAUUUUACUGCGAUUACUGCUUUGGAAAAAGCAACUGAUCUCACUCAGAGCAAUGAAGCUUUUUGUGGUGAUCUUCCUCCUCGCUGUGGCCAGGACUGUUUAUGGUGUCUGCGACAGACCUGUAGGCAAAGAGCACAUGCAGCUGAUCACUGAUAUCACGUUCCCAGCUCAAGAAGGCGAUCAGGUCACCUUCACUUGUGAGAUGGGCUACAGGCCAUUGGGCCGUGGAACUGUCACCUGCUCUGGUGGACAGUGGAGCAGUUUGAACAUGAAGUGUGAAAUUAGAAACUGUGGUUCUGCUGGAGAGGUGACAGAUGGAUAUGUCGAUUACUCAGAAGGCACUGAGUUUGGUGCUUCUGUUGAAGUCAUCUGUAAUGAUGGCUAUAUUCCAGUACCAGCCAACAAUAAGCUCUACUGUGGAGUAAAUGGCUGGGAUGGCCGGUUAUCAGUUUGUGAAGUGACCUUUUGUGAUGAACCAAAAUCAAUCGCUAAUGGACACUACACUCCAGUAAACGACCAAUACAAGCACUUGGAGGCUGUCGUGUACAGUUGUGAAAGAAACUUCAUAUUAAAUGGAUCAAACACAUUGGUGUGCAAAAACCAAAAAUUCACACCAGCACCACCAAACUGUGUCUCGGUGGAAUGCCCAGAACCCACAGUCAAUUCUGGGAGGAUUUCAUCUGGUACGCUUCCCCCUUACAAGCACCAGGCCUCGGUCUCUUUCAGUUGCGAAGAGGGGCACAUCUUAAAGGGCUCAAGCUCUGUUACCUGUGACAUCAACAGCAAGUGGAUUCCCGCACUUCCUGAAUGCAUGCCAAUUGUCUGUCAAGCUCCUACAAUCUCGAACGGCGAGGUGAUAGGUGGGUCAAGUGUCACGUACAAGUUCAAGGAUACUGUGACACUGAAGUGCUCAGAGGGAUACAAACUAAAAGGGGAGAGUAAACUAACCUGUGGAGAGAACAGCCAGUGGUCUACAGCUAUGCCUGAAUGUAUACUGAUACAGUGCACGCCCCCCAAAGUGCAGGGUGGGGAGUUGGUGGGUGCUUCCCAUCCUUCUUAUAAGUACAAGGACAAGGUGGUAUUUCAGUGCCUCUCUGGACACACUAUGAAGGGAGAGAGCACUUUAACCUGUGACCAAAACAGUCAGUGGUCUCCCAAACUGCCAGAGUGCACACUAAUUGAAUGCCAGCCUCCUAAAGUAGAGCAUGGGCAGCUGGUGGUGGGUCCGCAUUCCUCUUAUAAGUACAUGGACUCUGUGAGUUUUGUGUGCACAAGUGGAUACAUAAUGAAAGGCCCCAGUACAGUGACAUGUGCCCUCAACAGUCAGUGGUCUCCAGAGCUCCCACAAUGCACACGAAGUGGCGGUAAUGGAUUAAUGAUUGGGCUCAUCAUACUGGGUGUCCUCGUGUUCCUCCUUGUUAUUGGAUGUUGCAUUUACUUUCGACUACUAAAGAAAAAGAAAGGCGAUCGGACGCUCUACACAGAAGCGCCAAAAGAAGCAGAAACGGUAGCACUCUCGUAAGCUUGGGCGUCCAGUGGCUCCAGCAUAACCUGUGGUAAGGCAUCUGAAGUAAAGGAGAUCGCCGUUGAAUCUCCCGGGCUUGUGAAUGGCACUUUCUUCAUUACACCGUUGUCUUUGACCUUUGACCUGCUGCCGCGGAGUUGAGAGGUCGCACUGAAGUGGACUCCAGAAUAUCGCUUUUAUUUUGUAUUUUUUGUUGCACAUUAUACAAAAAACAAAACAUAUGUUGACCACUUUUUGCUUCUGGGGAAUUCUCCUCAAUUUAAAUUUGCACUAGUCUGAUUCGAGAUCAGGCAAAUAUCUCAAAAUCAGAAGUAAAUAAUAUAAAAUCUCUGAACCACAUGCAUCACCAUAAUUAAAGUGCAUAUGACAGGUUAGACUGUCUAUUUCAGUUUUGACAUAUUUAUCUAAGAAAUGUUCAGUCCUAUUUCAGUAGUUACUGUAGAGUUUAUAAUCUUUACUUCCCCUUUGAAUGGCAAGAAUAGCAAAUGUGACAUGAGAAAAUAACUGUCGUCUAGCAACUGUACUGUAGUGUAAACAAAGGCUAAAGCCAGAUUACACAAUACUUUUGUUAAAUCCAAAUUCACUUUGCCUGUGCAGCACUAAGUGAAUAUUUAUGUAGCACAUUUUAUGGACAGAGAAAAAAAAAGAAAAGAACAGAAAAUAUAGAUAAAUGAUAAACACAGGACCACAUAACUCACCUGGUGUUUAGAGCCAGAGAAUAAAACUGAAUCUAUUAUGCAAUUUUUCUCAUCCAUGUGAUGAUGUUUCCUCAUCAAAAACAUACCUAGAGUUUUGUUUAAUUCAUUAACACACAAAUCCUGCAUAUUUAGGCCAUGUUCUCUCAAACAGAAAACACUCUGUUCCACCUUGUGAUGUCAUGUGGUAAUACAGGAAGUGCUCCACUGUGUUUUUAAACUCCAAGCACCUUUACUAGAAUCAUUUUGAUGAUUUGAGACCUGGAAUUGCCAAUCUCUUCAGAACUAACUAAUAAUGAAGGAUUACACAAACAUGUCUGAAUGAAACAAAUCACAACUCCAGGUAACAUUCUUACAUGGCUUAAAGCUCACAAGGGUCAAUUUUUAUAGGACCUUCAAGACGAGAUUUAAAAAUUUGGAUGAGGUCUGAGAGAUGUACUGUGGGGCCAGGCCAUUUAAAGAUUUAAAUGAUCGUUUAACACAUGAACUGAUUUGUUCCUUGUACAUAAUUUGACUGCCUGCUAUUCGAAUGAGCUUUUCCCCAAGUAAUUUUCCUGGCAAGUACAGAAUAUCUCUCUGUUGCCAGGGAUCCAGAAUACAAACGUCAGUACAAAGUCAUCAGAAUGUUUUAUCUUUUAACUUACUUGACGAGUGUAAAACUGUGAUUUAUAUUGGUUUGAUUUCCCAUCAAAUUAAGUUAUGAGAAAAAACAUGAAAACCUGUCUUCUACACUUUAAGCCCUAAUACCAUCAGAAUACUUGUGUGUGCACGUCACUGAUACUCUUACUCUCCAUGGGACUGCGGGCGGACUGUUGCGCCCAAACUAAUUGCUGUUGGCAUGGCAACAAUCAUAGCCAACCGUGCGAAGAUUGUAAAUUUGUCUUAAAUUAAUUUCAUUUAAAAGUGGAUUUAUUUACACUGGAUUUCUUUCCCUUUUAGGUUAUUUUAAAACCUAACUAUGUAAAUUUGGAUGGAUUAUAGAUUUGCAAUGUCAGUGUUUGAAAAUAAGGAUGUAUUUGUGGUUUCAUUGGUUUAGUCUAAUUUUGAAAUAUUUUUUAGCUUUUAUUUAUUUUUAAGAAAAUAAAAGAAAACUUGUUUUGAUAAAAUAAUGUGGAAUGUAUUGACUUGUAACAGAUGGUUAUUAAUGCUUUUGUAAAUUGGCUUUUGAACAAUAAAGUAGAAUGAGAGAAACUCGUUCACGACAUUGAG